AUGUCUUUCCAGAAGCCCGAGAAGGAUUUCGGCGAGGGCCCGAAAAUCCACAAGAUCCGUAUCACCCUCAGCUCCCGCAAGGUUGCCUCCCUCGAGAAGGUCUGCCAGGAGCUCAUUGAGCGUGCCAAGAGCAAGUCUCUCACCGUCAAGGGACCUGUCCGUCUUCCCACCAAGACCCUCAAGAUCUCCACCCGUAAGACCCCCAACGGUGAGGGUUCCAAGACCUGGGACACCUUCGAGAUGCGCAUCCACAAGCGUUUGAUUGAUCUUCACGCUCCCACCGAGACCGUUAAGCAGAUCAUCAUCAACAUCGAGGCUGGCGUCGAGGUCGAGGUUACCAUUGCUGCUUAA